CGCCUCCGAGCGCAGUUCCGGUUCCGGCGGCGCCAUGACGGGCCGAGGGUCGGCGAGCCGGUUCUUGGCGUCUGUGCUGCACAACGGCGUGGGGCGAUACGUGCGGCAGCUCCAGCGCCUCCAGCUCCGCCUCAGCCCCAGCGCGGCUGAUGCGCGCGGAGCCAGGCAGUUUGUGGAGGAGGAAGCGGUGGACUUUGCCCGGCGGCAUCCCGAUGUUGUCCUCUAUGUCAGCCCCUGUGAUGUCCCGGCCCCUGUGCUGGUGGCUGAGUACUUGAAUGGGACUGUGCGGGAGGAGCUCAUCGCCAGCAAGACGAGUGAGGAAAUCUUGCAGCUGGCCACCAAGCUGGCCAGCCAGUCUGGCUUGGACAUCAUCCGGAUCCGCAAACCCUUCCACACGGACAACCCCAGCAUCCAAGGCCAGUGGCACCCCCUCACCAACAAACCCUCUGCCCUCACUGUCCGGGGCCCACGCCUGCAUGCCCAAUAAAGCCUCCACCCU